AUCCAGGAAAACUCGACAGAAAAGGGGGAAGUGAACAAACAGCAGGACAGGCACUAACAGGCUAACUUGCAUCACUGUUUCUGAUUAACCUCAGACACUGUUUGUCCAGACGUCAUUACAGCAAAAUGCCUGAAAUACAGACACGAAGGAUUCAAGCCGUUAACACGAGUGCCAGUGAUGGACUGGAGGGGUUCAAGGCCCAUGCAGUGUUUCAGGAAAUCAACAAGAAGCUUCAAGAGGAAGGGGAGCAGUUUGUGAAAAAGAUCGGGGGUGUGUUUGCCUUCAAAGUAAAAGAUGGACCAAAUGGACAGGAAGCCAUUUGGUUUGUGGAUGUAAAGAACGGGAACGGCUGUGUUCACAAUGAUACGGCUAAGAAAGCAGAUUGCACCAUUGCCAUGUCAGACACAGACCUGCUGGCCUUGAUGACCGGGAAGAUGAACCCACAGACUGCAUUUUUCCAGGGCAAGCUGAAGAUCACAGGGAACAUGGGAUUGGCCAUGAAGCUCCAAAACCUGCAGCUGCAGCCGGGAAAAGCCAAGCUGUAGAUGAGACGGCGGAGCCAGCUGUGACACUGAAAAAGAGCUAACCACAAAGAUAUUAACACAUAGUCUGAUUUCAGAUGAAUGUUAAAGGUCUGUAAACAUUCAUGACACUGGACUGAACCCCUUUAUCUUCUAGUGACCUCAGAGACCGACCAGGGGAUUAGUCAGAGCAGCACUGCUACUUUAACUGCAGAACAAGAUAGAUGGACAGAAAAUUAAUUCUCUAAUCAAGUCCCUCUCAGUACACUGGUGGACUGAGGACACCGGAGAGCUCCCUACUAAUCCGGUUAAUGUUCGCUUUUCAAUAACUUCCUGUUGCUAAUGAAAUCUUUCGUUGAGUGUAUUUCGUUUGGAAAUCUUUAGAGCAGAUUAGUAGAUUGAUGUAAUAUUUCCACAAUCAUGGACUCAACGGUCUAAGUGCCUCCUUGUCUCUGACUCACAGGUUGCUGAAAGGUCAACAGCCAACACCGGAGAAAUGUUUUUUCACUGUUGCCGGCCAGCAUUUUAAGAGAGAGGGGGGUGGAGUUGGGGGUGUAACUUCUCUGCUGUGCUGUCAUUACUGUAUCUCCUGAAAGGUUUCUACUCAAUAAAUGUCCUUGCAAUGUU